GCCGCCGUCUCCCCUGCCAGGCCGUGGUUGCUCCGGCCCUUGCCCUGCCCCUCUGGCCAUCGGGCAGCGCUGGCAGCUCCGCUCCCAGCGCCGCUCCGGCUCCGCGGGCAUCCCGGUGCCCGGUGCUCGCCCCGGGGCUGGCGGCUGCUGCGCAGGCAGCGCGGUGCCUCAGCCUCCCGGCCCGCCGCCUCCCCGGCGUGCCCGCCGAGCCCCCGGCACGGGCGGCAUGGCAGCCGUGCGCAGGAAGUUUGGGGACGAGUACCAGGCCGUGGGCCUCGCUCGCUGCAGCGCCCGCAGAGAGCGGCAGCGCUUCGUGGACAAGAACGGGCGCUGCAACGUGCAGCACGGCAACCUGGGCGGCGAGAGCAGCCGCUACCUCUCCGACUUCUUCACCACGCUGGUGGACCUCAAGUGGCGCUGGAACCUGCUCAUCUUCCUGCUGACCUACACGGUGGCCUGGCUGGUGAUGGCCUCGAUGUGGUGGGGCAUCGCCUACCUGCGCGGUGACCUGCACCAGGCGCACGGUGACACCUACAGCCCGUGUGUGGCCAACGUGUACAACUUCCCCUCCGCCUUCCUCUUCUUCGUAGAGACCGAGGCCACCAUCGGCUACGGGCACCGCUACAUCACGGAGCGCUGCCCCGAGGGCAUCGUGCUCUUCCUCUUCCAGUCGCUGCUGGGCUCCGUUGUGGACGCGUUCCUCAUCGGCUGCAUGUUCAUCAAGAUGUCGCAGCCCAAGAAGCGAGCGGAGACCCUCAUGUUCAGCCGUGCCGCCGUCAUCUCGCAGCGCGAUGCCAAGCUCUGCCUCAUGUUUCGUGUGGGCAACCUCCGCAACAGCCACAUGGUGUCCGCCCAGAUCCGCUGCAAGCUGAUCAAGUCCAGACAGACACCGGAGGGAGAAUUUCUGCCACUGGACCAGUGUGAACUGGAUGUUGGAUUUGGAACUGGAGCUGACCAGCUGUUUUUAGUUUCCCCUUUAACCAUCUGUCAUGAAAUUAAUUCGGAGAGCCCCUUUUUCUCUCUCUCACAAAGAUCACUGAGGAGUGAGCAAUUUGAAAUUGUUGUCAUCCUCGAAGGGAUUGUUGAGACCACUGGAAUGACGUGCCAAGCCAGGACCUCAUACACAGAAGAUGAAGUCCUGUGGGGUCACAGGUUCCUCCCAGUCAUGUCUCUGGAAGAUGGCUUUUUCCGUGUCGAUUAUUCUCAGUUUCACGCCACCUUUGAAGUCCCCACUCCUCCUUACAGUGUUAAAGAGCAAGAAGAAAACCUGUCCCAGUCAUCUCUUUUGAAUAGUCCUUUUGAUAAGAAAACCAGAAGAGAACAGGUUUGUCCACUUGACUGUGCUGAUGUUACAGGAGAGAAGAACAAGCUCCCUGCUAAACUUCAGAAGAUCAGCUCAAGGAAGGAAGGCCUUCCACCGAGAGCCCUAAGAAUGAGUUCCAGUAACACAGAGAAGACUUUCAGUACUGGAGAUCUCUUGAAAAUUCAAGAAAUAAGUCCCAUCUCGGAUGGUGAAGACAGUGAUAGCAGGAUGCAGCUGAAAGCCUUGAAAAUAAAUGCCAAGGCUCUGACUCAGUCUACCAGUGAGCUGGAGUUACAGAAGGAUUUUCCAGGUAUGGGCACUCUAGAGGAGAAAUUGGAAGAUAAUUUUCCUGCCAAACUUUGAAAAAUGAGCUCUGAUUGCUUCUUUUAAGAGCUGGAGAAACAGAAGUUGUUGCUGUUAAACUGCAUUUGAAACUGCUGCCCUUGAAGAGUUGAUUCACAGUAAAGUCACUAUUUGGCUUUGCUGCUUUCAGGAAGAAUGAUCUUUUUUCUAUAAUUUUUCUGUACAGAUCAUAUUUGGGUAGAAUAACAGGACUUUGAGGGGCAGUAAGGUAACCAUGUCAUGCCAAAGAGAUUCUUGCCCUGAUGAUGCUUAUCAGCAUGUUCAUUGCAAAUCUACCCUGUCUUCCAUGUAUGCAGAUGCUUCCACACAAAGCAAGGAUCAGAUCCUUAGUCACACAGAUGGAAGCAAGAAGGGUGUAACAGCAGCUGAAACCUGGUUUUGUGCAGCUCAGGUCCUGGACUGCUCCUGAUGGGCAGAACAGCAGAACACAAGAGGAAUAUGUGACACUGCUCAGUCCUAGUCCAGCUGUCUCUUUGGAAAGAGGCUUUCCUGGUCCAUCCUUCUUUCCCAGUGGCUGUGGCACGCUCCCUCUGUGCUCCCAGCGUCUCAUCCGUGGACAUUCAGGCAGAGGAAGCAGUGUGCAAUUAUCAUUUGGGUCAUUUGACCCACAUGAGCUCUUGUAAACAUGAGGAUCUUUGUCCUGUCCAAAAUUAGACCUCAGCAUUUGAUUUGAUGGAUCACAUGCUGAAUUUUAAUGGCCAUAUCACCACUCACUGUGAAGGAAACUUGAGAUCAGUAGCUCAUCUUCUUGGCGUGUUUUAUACUGCAACUAAAUGACAUUUUAGUUUGGAGACAUUGUAAGUAAAUAAAUAAAAGCAAAGAGCUAAAUACUGCUCAGUCAUUACACAUCUCAGAGUUUUACUAAUUAAUGGUAGUCUUUGAUGUUGCUAAUUUUCAUUUUGUUACAUUUGCCAUCUCCAUUUAUAUAUGAUUGUCAGUAAUUUUGUAGAUUUGAUAUUUAUUGCUAUUCAGCUCAAUCCACCUCUGUCUGUGAGAGAGGCUUUUUCUUUCCUGGUUGGUACUAAUUAUAAACACAUCCUGCUCUUUUGUAAACAGUGUUCAGCAGCUCAGCAUACAGGGUGCUCAUCACCAGAGCACUCUCCAAUAGAAGGAUCAAUUUCUGGUCUUGUUAUGUGGACAAAAUUCAGUCAGAUUUAGAAGGACAGUGGCCAUAUUGUUUGGCAAUGCAUUUCUUGAUGGUAAAGUGAUGUAUCCAAGCUAGGAAUAGCUUGGCUUGCAGAACUCGCUAUUUCUUGCUUUUGAUCUGUCUGCUGUGUGAAACUGGAAAAUGCUAUUUUAUGCAGGGAUAAGAUGUGCUGCUUAUUGUUGUUUACCUGUUCUCAACAUGAAUUUCAACAAUAUAUACGUGGUAAAAUCUGUAUUUUUCAUUUAUCAACUGUAUUUGUAUGGAGUACUUAGAUGACAGCAUGAAGUCUUAAAGGAUGAUGACUCUCCCUACUCUCCAGAACUGCCAAAAUUAGUAUAAAAUAAAAUUACAUCCACCUUG